ACUUAGCGUACAAGAUUUAUUCCAAAAUUAUUCAAUUCUCCUUUUUCUCUUUCAAUCACACCAAAAAGAAAAAAGUUAUCUUCCUUCAACGAUCGCGUUUCCACUUUUCGAAUUGGGGUUUGGGAGCUGAGAAAACAAGCGAGAAAAUGCAGGGUUGGUUCUCCGGGCAGAGCACCGCCAGCGACGACGACCUGAAGCCGUCAUCGUCUUUGCUGGCGGAUUGGAACUCUUACGCAUCGGCUCAAUCCUCUCAGGACUCCUCCGAUUUGGGCCUCUCCUUCGAUCUCGAAUCUGCGGUUAGGUCUGCAAACGACACCGUUUCCGGCACUUUCAGCGUGGUUUCUAAAGGUGUGAGAGAUCUACCUGGCAACUUCCAGUCUGCCACUAGUAAUGUUCCUUCUGGCAAAGCGCUUGUGUAUUUUGGUUUGCUUCUGGCUAGCGGGGUCUUCUUUGUUUUCAUAGCAUUUACAUUGUUUCUUCCUGUCAUGGUGGUUAUGCCCCAAAAGUUUGCUAUAUGCUUUACUCUUGGAUGUGGAUUUAUUAUUGGAUCAUUCUUUGCUCUCAAGGGCCCAAAAAAUCAGCUUGCUCACAUGUUGUCAAUGGAGAGGCUCCCUUUCACAUUGGCUUUUAUAGGUAGUAUGAUUGGUACUAUAUAUGUAUCAAUGGUGCUUCACAGCUACGUUCUUUCUGUGGUAUUCUCUAUAGUACAGGUUCUCUCACUUGGGUACUAUGCUAUAUCAUACUUCCCUGGUGGAUCUGCUGGAAUGAAAUUUUUGACUUCUGCUCUUACCUCCUCAAUAAUGAAAUGUUUUGGGAGGUGACCUGUUUUUGGUUAAUAGGAGGUGAUAUCAAAUAUUUGUCUAUAUGAUAGUUGACUUGUAAAUUUUGUCUCUUGAGAUCUAUCAGCUGAAGCUUUAAACUGACCUAAGAAUAUUGCUGAGAUGAAGCAUCAUCUAACACUUUCUUAAGAGUUCAAUUUUUGUUACCACUUGCCACAUCUAAA